AUCUUUCCCCCAACAAACGCGAUAUCUUUUGUUUCAUUAAAAUAUCCCGUUCCCACACACUUGGGGAAACUUUAAGAAUGUUACUUGCUGCGUUGAAAUUUCACCUUCCCGAAUACCAUGCUAUGAAAUGUUACGUCUUUGUUUUCAGUAUAAAUCCCUGAACACUCGAAUUCAACCCAUUACACACAAACACCUCGAAGUGGCCUUACAAACUCGGAAGAAAUGUAGUGCAGACUCUCUGUGUGGCCCCGGCUCUCGGAUGGGAGGGCAGCCCGGGGGAGGUCAGCAGCUUUUGGCAGGGGACAAGGCGCCAAAGGCAGAGCCGGAAGCCCAGGCAUCUGCCAGGUUAACAGCGCUGGAACAGGAGAUCGCCUCCAUUCAUCGCCGGGCCUGCGAGGCUGGCCGGCAGACCUAUGUGGACCCGGACAGCGGUUACCUGGUCCUGACUGGCUUCGCCCUCCUGCAGAGGGGGAAAUGUUGCGGCUCCGCUUGCAGACACACCUGCAGUCUCUCCUGCUCUUCCAAUUGCUCUUGCCAUGUUUUGGAAGGUUUUGCAGGUGUGAGGAGUAUGGACAGUUAAGUCCUAAAGAAGACUUGUGCAGACUCGGCAAGAUGGCACCGAUUCUGUGGAACUGCUGUGGACAGCUCUGCCUAACAGCCAAGGCAUACUGGUGUUUUUUGCCAUCCCUGGUCAACUUAUGUGGUGGGAUUAUUAGUUAAAAACCUCACAGAACACAUGUUUGUUAAUAUUUGGGAGUGGGAAGGAUGCCAAAGGGAAAAGGAGCAAGCAAACAGCAGCAGGGAGGACAUUCCCCUGCAACACCUACCACUGCAGAGACUGCAGCAGCCUCUCCUGAACCUCCCGGGGACCUGACAGACUCACAGGAAUUGGCUGCGGUGAUGGAAAGACUUACCUUGAAAGUUGGGGCUGCAAUUGAGGAGAUCCAUGAGGAGAUUCAUGCCCAGGUCCAACCUAUUGCAUCCAUGCUGCAGAAGCAUGAGCAGGAGAAGGUGGAGGGUCGAACUAAGGUUUCGGAAGCUGCGAUGGAGUCCUCAUCCAGUCGGAUCUAGGUGCUGGAGUGAGAGGUGCGGGCCUUGCGAGACCAUAUCGAUGACCUCACAUGGAGUCCAGCAGGUUGCAGAUUGAAAGGGCUUAUUGGGUUAUAGUGCACAGAUCAGGCCCGGUGCAGUGCCCCCGCCCAGUCCUAGUGCACUUCCACUCAUAUAAGGACAAGCAAAAAGUCAUAGAAGCUUCCAGAUCCCUGGGAAAAGAUUCACAGGCACUGCUGUAAAAGGGGUCAAAAAUCAUGUUUUUUCCAGGAUUUCUCUGCAGGUGUAAUUCAAAAGAGGAAGUCAUUUGCUGAAGUUAAAAAGAGGCUGAGGAACCUAGGCAUCCAGUACUCCAUGAGGUACCAUGCAGUGCUCCAUUUCAGCCAUGAAGACACUGUUUAUACAUUUGACUCAGCGGAUAAAGCUAAAAACUUUGUAGACACUUUAAAAUAAAUGGA